AUGGACAGUCUUGCGGUGGACAGGCUGGUGAAACAGCUGACGGCGGACUUCGAUGCGCUACAGGACGAAUACCAGAAGCUGCACGGCCAGCACGAAGCACUUGAGAUGAAGUUGGCUACAGCACGAGAACAGUAUAAUGAGCUAGCAAAGCUGUAUGGCGCAGUGCGGCCAGCCACGCCUUCCUUGAGCCUCACGUCCUCUCCAGGACAACCGAAGGACGAAACCUUCGCGCCGAAAAGCUUGCCCGAGAUGCUGGAAAGAAGUGACGAUGGCGAGGUGAAAGAAGCAGCAGCCAAGGUCAGGAACGCGAUUGCAGCAGCAACCGAAUUGCGCCUUGGUCUGCCCACCGUGCUGGAAAGUACAGCGCAAGGUGUCAAGAUAUGGUCAGGACCAUCUGCAGACAGACCUGAAUGUUCAAGCUCGAUGAUGCCAUCUAUAUCAGAAUCUCCACUGGAACAGGACUUUACUGUUGAGGGCAAACCUAGCAAGCUUGGCUGUCCCUUCGCUAGUAUGGCGAACAAGAAGCUCAGCUCGCAUGCAGCCAGCGUCCUGAGCAGGUACAACCAGAGCGGUAGUGCUGGAGCGCACGGUAGUGUUGCUGCCUCAAGCGCUCCGGCCAGCAACAUCAGCCGGAUCAACGGCAGGGACAGUUUCUCACAGAGACGAAGCAGAAGAGCCAGCUUCAUGGACCCCAUUAAGGCUGAGAUAUGUGGCCUGUCGGAUCAUGAUGAACCAGUUGCCAAUCCCCCGGAGCCUGAACGAGUGGCGAGUCCCGCUAGACCACCGACAGUGAAGCCAGAAGUCGAGAAUGCUGAAGCUGGCGUAUGUCCUAUACGUUUCCUCGAUCAGCAUUCGCCAGAAGAGGUAGCUACGUACUUCGAGAAGCACAAGCACGAACUACCACGGAGUCACGAAGUCUGUGUCAUGCGAUAUCAAAGUAACGACGAACAGAUCAAGGAGCUGGACGCGAAGUAUGGUAAUCUCGUCUCCAUGAUCCAGGGCCUCGGUCAGAAACACAAAGACUAUCUUCCGGAGGACCCAGACGAAGCAGAAGAGCAGCAUCCAGAAGAUGCACUGGAUGAUGCGAAGGUGCGCAAAUGGGCUAGUAGCGUGAGCGCUCAAGCUCCCGAAGCAGAUGAUGCUGUUGAGUCUGAAGAGCGGCAGCCUCACUUCGAUCGACCACUCCGAGAUGUUCGUGUUGGAGAGUCUCCAAGUCGACCUUGGGGAGUACAAGUACCCCUGCACUAUCUCGAGCAGGACGAUGCCGCUAGCGAGACUAGCAGCAAGCCUGCAAAGAUCGCCACCACCGCGCCUCCAGACAUGCCUCCUGUCGUUGAGGCCAAGAGCGCACCAACUGGCAGACCGGCAGGAAAAUGUCCCUUUGGCCACGGCGCUGCGGCAACUCCACUCAGCCUACCCAAGCCUUCCGUCGACGUCACGCCAGCAGCGCCUGAUGCGGACGCAGCUCCUAGGUCUGCUCAGACCAAACAUCCUGCCCCUGCCGAUACGACCUCCACGUCAAACAAGGGGCCAUCAGUGAUCUUCAAUGGUCCAGUCUUCAUCGGUUACAGUUCAGAAGAUGCCGUCAAAUUCCUGAAAGAGAGCGGCUAUGGCAUGAGCCAUUGA